AAUCAGUUAAAGCGGAAAUUUUUUACGAAGCAAAUCGCAAAAAUAAAGAAGAUUUAUGCUUAAAAACAAUUGCGAACUCUAAAGAAAAUGGCACACAUUCCCGCAUCCCAGCUCGGAAGUAAGAGCAAAAAACAUUUUCUUGGUGUCCCAGCUCCUUUGGGCUAUGUCGCUGGUGUCGGUCGAGGCGCAACGGGCUUCACUACGCGUUCUGAUAUCGGUCCAGCUCGCGACGCCAACGACAUAAGCGACGAUCGACAUGCACCUCCUGUCAACAAACGGAAGAAACAGGACGAAGACCCCGAGGAUGAUGAAGAUUUGAACGACUCAAACUACGAUGAGUUUAGCGGUUACAGCGGAAGUUUGUUUUCCAAAGAUCCCUAUGACAAAGAUGACGCUGAAGCCGAUGCAAUCUAUGAGUCUAUUGACAAACGAAUGGACGAGAAACGAAAGGAGUAUCGCGAAAAGCGCCUGAAGGAAGAUUUAGAACGUUAUCGUCAGGAACGUCCAAAAAUCCAGCAACAAUUUUCGGAUCUAAAACGUAAUUUGAUUCAGGUUUCUGAGGAAGAGUGGUCUAACUUGCCGGAAGUAGGCGAUAGCCGCAAUAAGAAGCAAAGAAAUCCGCGAGCUGAGAAAUUUACGCCAUUGCCAGACUCGGUGCUCGCUAGAAAUCUAGGGGGCGAGAGUACUAAUGCCAUUGAUCCUAAUUCAGGACUAGCAAGUAUGAUUCCCGGAAUCGCGACACCCGGGAUGUUGACUCCAAGUGGAGACUUGGAUUUGCGAAAAAUCGGUCAGGCACGAAACACCCUUAUGAACGUGAAGCUGUCACAAGUUUCCGACUCUGUUACCGGACAAACAGUUGUCGAUCCAAAAGGCUACUUGACUGACUUGCAAAGCAUGAUUCCAACAUACGGUGGCGAUAUAAAUGACAUAAAAAAAGCUCGUUUGUUGUUAAAAAGUGUACGUGAAACAAAUCCAAAUCAUCCGCCAGCGUGGAUUGCAUCUGCUCGCCUCGAAGAAGUAACGGGCAAAAUACAAAUGGCACGAAAUUUGAUAAUGAAGGGAUGCGAAGUGAACCCCUUAAGUGAAGAUUUAUGGUUGGAGGCUGCUCGAUUGCAACCACCAGACACAGCAAAAGGAGUUAUUGCACAAGCAGCUCGUCAUAUCCCAACAUCCGUUCGAAUUUGGAUCAAAGCUGCAGAUUUGGAGACCGAAACAAAGGCUAAGAGACGCGUUUUCCGUAAAGCUCUCGAACACAUUCCCAAUUCUGUGCGUUUAUGGAAAGCUGCCGUUGAGUUGGAAAACCCAAGUGACGCUAAAAUUCUUCUGUCUCGUGCUGUGGAAUGUUGUAACACAAGCGUUGAGUUGUGGUUGGCACUUGCUCGUUUGGAAACGUACGAAAAUGCUCGUAAAGUCCUAAAUAAAGCACGGGAAAAUAUUCCGACCGACAGACAAAUUUGGACGACGGCUGCCAAGCUGGAGGAAGCUAAUGGAAACAACAAUAUGGUUGAAAAAAUUAUAGACAGAUCUCUAACGUCUCUAGCUGCUAACGGAGUGGAGAUUAAACGUGACGAUUGGUUAUUGGAAGCCAUGGAGGCAGAAAAAUCAGGAGCAAUUAAAGUUUGUCAAGCCAUUGUUCGUGCAGUCAUCGGCAUUGGAGUUGAAGAAGAAGAUCGGAAACAAACUUGGAUUGAUGACGCGGAGAACUGUGCUAAAGAGGGAGCCUAUGAAUGCGCAAGGGCUGUUUACGAGCACGCACUGCAAGUGUUUCCCUCGAAAAAGAGUAUUUGGCUGCGGGCUGCUUACUUUGAAAAAAGUCACGGAACACGAGAAUCGCUCGAGACACUGCUUCAGAAAGCCGUCAGUCAUUGCCCUAAGUCAGAGGUGUUGUGGUUAAUGGGGGCUAAGAGUAAAUGGCUUGCAGGAGACGUGCCAGCUGCACGUGGAAUUCUAUCACUGGCUUUCCAAGCUAAUCCCAAUAGCGAGGAAAUAUGGCUUGCGGCUGUCAAAUUAGAGUCGGAAAAUGAAGAAUAUGAAAGAGCAAGACGAUUGUUAGCAAAGGCACGUGCUUCAGCUCCGACACCGCGAGUCAUGAUGAAAUCAGCAAAACUCGAAUGGGCCCUAGAUAAUCUAAAGGAGGCACUGAAUUUACUUGAAGAAGCGGUAAAAGUUUUUCCAGAUUUCGAUAAACUUUGGAUGAUGAAAGGGCAAAUUGAAAUUCAAAAUAAAAAGUUUGAGAAGGCCCUCGAAACUUUCAAUAAUGGACUUAAAAAAUGUCCCACAUCCAUUCCUUUGUGGUUAUUGCUGGCAGAUUUGGAAGAAAAGCGUGGUGUACUAACAAAAGCAAGAUCUGUUCUCGAACGAGGUCGUUUAAAAAAUCCAAAAGUUGCAACAUUGUGGCUUGCUUCCAUUCGAAUCGAAAUUAGGGCAGGUUUGGUUGAAAUGGCGAAUACUUUGAUGGCGCGUGCAUUGCAGGAAUGUCCCAAUUCUGGUGAACUCUGGGCCGAAUCUAUUUUCCUUGAAGCACGUCCACAACGCAAGACAAAAUCUGUUGAUGCUUUGAAGCAUUGCGAGCAUGAUCCAAACGUUCUUCUUGCAGUAUCCAAACUGUUCUGGAGCGAACGUAAGAUUCAAAAAUGUCGAGACUGGUUUAACAGAACGGUUAAAAUCGAACCAGAUCUUGGUGAUGCUUGGGCCUAUUUUUACAAAUUUGAGCUUCUUCAUGGAACUGAAGAGCAACAAAAAGACGUUUUCGACCGUUGUAUCGCUGCUGAGCCGCAUCACGGCGAAGAAUGGUGUAAAGUUAGCAAGAACAUUGCAAAUUGGCGAUUUAGAACAGAAAAAAUUUUGAAUGCAGUAGUGAGGGAAAUCCCAAUUCCUAUUUAAUCAUAUGUUUUUUUUUUAAUUGAAAAUAAAGAUAAUACAACUUUCGAAACUUUA